AUGAGUGCUUUGAACACUGGUUUAAAACAAAAUGCAUCAUUUGUGCGUCCAGAGUACUUUUUCAUCAGUGGAUUUUCUGGAAUACCUUACAGCCAAUUCUAUUUUGUUUUUUUAAUUGUUGUCUAUAUUGUUUCACUGUGUGGGAAUUCAGUUGUCAUUUUUAUGAUUCUAGUGGAUAAAAAUCUGCACACUCCAAAAUACAUGGGAAUCUUAAACUUAGCUCUGUCAGACUUUGGUGAAACAAAUGCACUAAUUCCUAACCUAGUGAAGACUUUCUUUUUUGAUUCACAGUACAUAUCUUACGAGGCAUGUUUGGCUAAUAUGUUUUUUACUUUUUACUUUUAUACUGGACAGUCUUUAAGUCUUGUUGUCUUGGCUUAUGAUCGUUUUAUUGCCAUUUGCUUACCCCUGAGGUACCAUGUAAUUGUAAAUAACUCCUCCAUGUUUGCAAUUAUAGCGGCAAUAUGGGUUUUAAAUUUUGUUACAAUUGGUACCACUGUACUAUUGAUUACACGACUUUCAUUCUGUAAAACCACUGAGGUCCAAAGCUUUUUUUGUGAUCAUGGGCCAAUUUAUACAAUUGCUUGUAAUGACAACAGCAUAAAUUCCUUCAUGGCAAAAUUAUGUGUUGUAGUAUACAUCUAUAUACCAUUGACUGUUAUAGUCUUAUCAUAUAUAGGCAUUCUGUUGGCCUUAACUAAGAUUACAACGUGGGAGGGUCGUUUUAAAGCGCUCAAAACAUGUGUCUCUCAUCUGUUAGUUGUAGGAAUAUUCUUCCUUCCUGUAUUGAGUGCAUACCUUGCAGCAGUUGUAUCCUUUCUACAUCCCAAUGCUAGGAUAAUUAAUACUUCACUAUCAAGAACUAUUCCAUCCAUGUUAAAUCCUAUCAUUUAUGUCUUGAACACAAAGGAAUUCAGAGGCUUAAUAGUGAAAAUGGUUAAACGAAAAACCACCAAUAUUUCUGAAGUGCAUGCUUUAGCAAAGUGA